UCUUUGAGGACAGGGAGGAGACAAUGAGGUCAGGGAAGGACUGGGGGGGCUGAGUUUUCUUCUCCACACUCACUCUCUCCUUGCCUUUUGCCCUUUUAAAAAAGCAAAGCUGAACCCCAUUCUUUAAGAUUCUCUCUCUUCUUCUUCUUCGUCUUAUAAUUUCUUAACCAACCCCCCUCUACCUCCCUCUCUCUCUCUCUCUCUCUCUCUCUCUCUCUCUAGCGUUGCAGAGGAGAGGAAUGUCUUAGCAUUGUUUGCAGGGCUUACAGGUUCAGAGGUUGUCUAGUAGUGGUGAUAUUAGACUCAUCUGAACAAUGACGAAAGUGAGCCCCGAACUCGGAGAGGCUAUGCAGGCAGAAGCAGUACUGCCGGUUUCUGCUGAUGUGAGCUUCACCUCCAAUUGCUUCCCAAAGUAUAAGUUGGGGCCAAAUAAUCAGAUUCUUGAAGAGCCAAAGGAGGAGGACAAGGGCCCCUCCUUGAAGGAGGUGGUAGAGGAAGAAACAGCCAAUCUCACGGAGCAGCACAAGCGUCUCUCCGUUCGAGAUCUUGCCAGUAAAUUUGACAAGAACUUGGCUGCAGCAGCAAAACUCUCUGAUGAGGCGAAGCUAAGGGAGGUGGCUUCUUUGGAAGGCCAUGUGCUUCUAAAGAAGCUUAGAGAUGCAUUGGAAGCUUUGAGGGGCCGACUAGCAGGGCGGAAUAAGGAGGAUGUUGAAAAAGCUAUAUCCAUGGUGGAAGCUUUAGCAGUUAAGCUGACUCAGAAAGAAGGAGAAUUGAUUCAAGAGAAGUUUGAAGUGAAAAAGCUGGUGAACUUCCUUAAGCAGGCUUCAGAAGAUGCCAAGAAGCUGGUGAACCAAGAAAAAUCUUUUGCUUGUGCUGAAAUCGAGAGUGCUAGGGCUGUGGUCCAACGCUUUGGAGAGGCCCUUGAGGAAGAAGAAAGAAAUUCCAAAACAUCCAAAACUCAGGAUGUGGAGGGACUAGUAGAAGAGGUUCAAGAGGCCCGAAGAAUCAAAUUGAUGCAUCAGCCAAGCAAGGUGAUGGAUAUGGAACACGAACUUCGUGCUCUCCGAAUUCAAAUUCGAGAGAAAUCAAUAUUUUCUUUCAAGCUUCAGAAAGAGCUGACUCUGAGCAAGAGGGCAGAAGAGAACAGAUCUCGAUUGUACAUUCUUGAAGGGUCCGAGAGUCUGGGAUCAGUUUUAUGUGUUCGCCCUCGCACCGACAAUGCUCCUCCACUUUCCAAGUGCUCAGUUCAAUGGUAUCGGACCUCCUCAGAUGGAAGUCACCGGGAUGUCAUUUCAGGUGCUGAGAGACCGAGUUAUGCACCUGAGCCCUUUGAUGUGGGACGGAUCUUGCAAGCUGAAAUCACCUUAAACGGCCAAAAAGAUUCUGUGACAACUGCUGGUCCUAUUGAUUCUGUGGCAGGACUACAAAGCCAUGUAGAAUCACUGACGCGAAAAUCAAACACCGAAUUUAGUGUAACUAUCUGCCAGAUGAAUGGUCAAGAUUAUUCAUCACAUUCCACUCACGUGUUUCAUGUGGGUAAGAUGAGGGUGAAGCUCAGCAGAGGAUGGAUCACCAAAGCUCGAGAAAUUUACUCAACCUCAAUGCAGUUAUGCGGAGUUCGAAGCGAUAGCAAUGUUGCAGCCAAAGGACUGUUCUGGCAAGCAAGGAAAGGGCUAUCAUUCGUACUGACAUUCGAAUCAGAGCGUGACAGGAAUGCAGCCAUAAUGCUUGCCCGAAAAUACGCUCUCGAUUGCAAUGUGGGUUAUGCUUGCAGGACCGGAUGAUCUAAUAUGAAGCCCGGGCCUAACUGACUGAUUUUUAUACUGAAGUGUUUACCUUGAUUGAUGUGUUUACCUUGAUUGAUGUAUUGGUUAGUUUUUUGAGUUAGCGUGUGCAUUUGGUUUGAUGAUCGCGUCAAAGAUGUAACGCAUCGUUCCGUAUGUGAGAGAUUGAUGUGUCGAUUCCACUAAUUUCUUUCGGAGUGUUGCUUUAGGCAUCAGUUUUUUGGGUUUGCCUAAUCAUCAUCUACUGUAACAAAGUCUGUACAUGAUUUGAUUAAUCUGAUUUGGUUUUGUGCACGGAA